GAUAUUGAUUGCGAGCACGCGGGACCGGUGCCGGGUAGUCAGAGACGAAACAUACGCUGAGCAGGAGGCCGAUCGCUGAGAAAAAUAAAAGAAAAAUGCCACCCGAGUGUGAAGAGAUCGAGAUUCGCGACAUGUUGGAAAAAACCGACCGCAUCGAACAAGCUGUCUCGAAGAAAUCGCCGAAGCUACCCGCGUUAUGCGGUCACCGCGCAAUGGUGAGCAAGCUCUGGUGCCAGGAGAUCGGGCGCAGGUGGAGACAAGCGGCCAGACAGGAGCCGCCGCAGGCGCGGGUGCUGUCCGAGCCGAAGUGCCAGCUAUACGUGGCCACCUGGUACCUGUACUAUCGAUGGAUCAUUUUCUUCGUCUGGACCGCCUUUGUCGUGUGCUCGGUGUUCGAGUUCGGCAGUUACAAUCCGCUGAUGCAAUACGAGAAAUGGCCAAUCUAUCUGACCAACUGGGAUGCGGUUUUGGGCUUCGCACAGGCGCUGAUUGGCGGUAUUCUCGUGUCGAAGCGCUGGCGAUUGCAAAAGACGUCCGGCUUCGAGCCGUGCGGUCUCAAAUUGGAGUUCACUGAGCGGCUGUACUGGUUUCUGUAUGUCGUCACAACCAACAUGGCAAUCGGGGUGACGGUGUGCUACUGGCUCGCCGUGUACAAUCCGGAGAUACAUCAAGUGGACCCACUCAACAUCAUGAUGCACGUGUGCAACAGCGUUCUGAUGUUGAUUGAUCUAUUUAUCACCAGCAUACCGUUCCGUCUGCGAAACUUCUGGUGGUGCCUGUCGAUCGUCCUGUUCUACGUGAUCUUCUCGGUGAUCUACUACGUCGCUGGUGGCCUCGACAAGAAUGGUUAUCACUACAUCUACAAAGUCCUCGAUUGGAAGAGACCGGUGCGGACGUCGCUCGUUUGUAUUGGCGGUUUCACGUUUGUGACGGUGCUACAUUGUGUUACCUGUAUGCUGGCGAACAUCAGAGACCGGAUCUAUCGUAAGAUUGCAGAGAAAUUCAGUAAACCUGCACCGAUAAGCAUGACGGAAGAUAAGCCAUUUUCAGAAAAACGAGCGGAAAUAGUUUAAUUAUUGAAAUUUUAUAUAGAAAUUUUUCUUUUUAAACGUCUAAUGUCCUCGGAUUGUAAGACCCCGCGAGGCAUUGGAAAUUGGAAUGGUCUAAUAUCUGGCAAGACAAGAUGAAACGUGCCUUCUCUUGAUGUAGCUGUGCCUGCAAGUAGAGUCCUUCUCUGGCAAGCGAGCUUUCUGUGGUCAUCUAUAAUAUAGCUUGCUUGUAGAAAUUGGCUAAAACUUCCUGUAUGAUAUCUUGAUAUGUAUCAUGAGCUUGAUUAUUUAACGAACAUAUUUAUUUAAUGAGUGAUAUACAACCGAGUAGGUGAUCUCUUGCACUGUGAGCUCUUUGUCUUUGGCAAUAUUUCUAGUAAAACUAGAAAAACAGUAAUUAUUUUUAACGAUACAAUACAGUAUACUGAUUGUAAAGUUUCCAAUUUAUAGAUUUUAUGAAAAAAAAUCGUCCUCAAUUUGUAAAUUCUACACAAAAUUUAAAAAAAAUUACUUUUUUUUUUUUGAAAUUAUAAUAUGACAAUAUCGUAGAAGCCUAACUUACAAUUAUGAACACUUUAAUUUGGUUAAUUAGACUCGAUUGUUUUGGACGACACAACAGCUGUUUGCUGUUUAUGCGGAGGUAAAAGUUCAUAUAAAAUAGUUUUUUUUUUUUUCUUUAAAUGGUUGUGUAAAUUUCACUAUAGAAACAAUAAUCACGUAAGCAUUCCAUUCAAUCAUGUUGAAGUAUAUUCGAAUUAUUAUUAUUACGAAUCAGUAUGUUUAUUUCGUAUUUAGUAUUGUAUG